AUGAUCAGCGGAGAGGGAUAUUUCAAGUACCAGCCCAUCAACCUAUUUACCGAUGCUAUUCGACUUGUGCGUCUUUUGAAAGGAGAUCAAGGCGAACAAAUACGAUGCGAACUCUUCGAAACAUUCCUCGACCAGAUAGAAGGCGUGCCGUAUGAAGCCUUGUCAUAUACCUGGGGCGACUCUCCUGACGAAUAUGAGGUUCUCAUCAAUGGUCGAAAGGUGCUCGUCAAGGAAAACCUUUACAUGGCCCUCCUCGCUCUACGGCAGCGAGGCAGGGAUAGCGUGUUGUGGAUUGACGCCAUUUGCAUCGACCAGAGCAAUGAUAGGGAAAAAGGCCACCAAGUUGGACAAAUGAGACUCAUUUAUGAGUGUGCUAAACAAGUCGUCAUUUGGCUCGGUCCCAGCAACCGCGGAAUUGAUCACCUCAUGGAUCUGGCUGGGCGGUGGGAUCAUCGAACAAGGCAACGACCAGGAGCUGACCGCGCACAGGGUUGGAUCGAUUCCUGGAUCUGGCUCACUACUGAUGUGACCAGCUACCGCAGGAAAGAGACCUGGUGGGGUGAAAAGCAAAACCUUGAGACGCUUCUUCUCAAGUUCGGAACGAGCGAAGCGAGUGAUCACCGAGACAGCAUCUAUGCCUUGCUUGGCAUUGCUUCAGACGCUCGCGUCAGCAACACGCUUUGUCCGAACUACCAUGUCUCGCUGGGUCACGCAAUAUGCCACACCAUCUCAUUCUUACUCUUCGACGAGACUUAUCAGCCGUCUGCCCGUCCAUUGCCCGAGAACAUGGACUUUCCUACUUUUCUUCGUAUCCUACCGAAGCUUCCAGACUACAUUCUGGGCUGGGCGCUGCAAACCCAUGUUGACGCAACCGCGGCAGCUCUUCUGCCAGAAGCCGGGGAUAUCAAGACACUAUACGAUUUGAAGGAUAUCACACUUGUUCCAGCCCGAUCUCCCGUGUCAUGGAUCAUAUCAAGCAAGGUGGAUUUUAACCGCACGUUUGGUGCAAUACUGGAAUGGGAAGAUGCCAAUUUUUUGAUUGGCAACGACGAGAUCAUGCAAGCGGUCCAAAGUCGUCGAUUACACCUACUCAAACACAUCAUCCGGCACCCCAGUGCAAAACCCAAUAACCUCACAGUCGACAAAUCCGGGAGGUUACUGAGUUACGCUGCCAUGUCCGGCGACAGAGACCUUUUCUGGCGGGUUGCACGGAUCGUCACAUCCGGUAAUCAUGCGGACCUGGAAGAAUCAAUACGUCAAAUCAUCGCAAGGUCCAAAAUUAUCGAUCGACUCACGAAUAAGAGUGUCAGAAGAUCAAGUCUCCACGGAAUACGCACCCUCUGGGCAACGACUUGUGCGCUUCAUAAAGUACUCAUCGAUUGA